UCUUCGACAGGAUGAGGCAGGUAGUGAGGCAUCUCGCUUCCGGAGGAUCUCAGCUCGUCAGGAUGGCAGCAGGCAGCGUGUGGAGGUCACUGGUGAGUCAAGCGAUGGGCGGGGCGGCGACCAGACCGGCGCGGUCCGCCUUCUCCAGAGGGAUGCAGACCGUCACUCUGAUUCCAGGCGAUGGGAUUGGUCCAGAGAUCUCUGCGGCUGUGGUGAAGAUCUUCGACGCUGCUAAGGCGCCCAUCAGAUGGGAGGAGAGGAACGUGACGGCCAUCAAAGGACCCGGCGGACGCUGGACGAUUCCUCCGGACGCCAAAGAGUCCAUGGACCUCAGCAAGAUCGGCCUGAAAGGACCUCUGAAGACGCCCAUCGCUGCCGGCCACCCGUCCAUGAACCUGCUGCUGAGGAAGACCUUUGACCUCUACGCCAACGUGCGUCCCUGCGUCUCCAUCGAGGGCUACAGGACGCCCUACACCGACGUGGACCUGGUCACCAUCCGCGAGAACACCGAGGGCGAGUACAGCGGCAUCGAGCACGUGAUCGUGGACGGCGUGGUCCAGAGCAUCAAGCUGAUCACCGAGAACGCCAGCAGACGCAUCGCAGAGUACGCCUUCGAGUACGCCCGCAACAACCAAAGAAGCAGCGUGACCGCCGUCCACAAGGCCAACAUCAUGCGCAUGUCAGACGGUCUGUUCCUGAGGAAGUGCCGGGAAGUGGCGGAGAACUACAAAGACGUCAAGUUUACCGAGAUGUACCUGGACACCGUGUGCCUUAAUAUGGUCCAGGACCCGACCCAGUUCGACGUUCUGGUCAUGCCCAACCUGUACGGAGACAUCCUCAGUGACCUGUGCGCCGGUCUGAUCGGAGGACUCGGCGUCACUCCCAGCGGGAACAUCGGCGCCAACGGAGUGGCCAUCUUUGAAUCGGUCCACGGCACCGCCCCGGACAUCGCCGGUAUGGACCUGGCCAACCCCACGGCCCUGCUGCUCAGCGCCGUCAUGAUGCUGCGUCACAUGGGGCUGCACGGCCACGCCGCCAGGAUCCAGACGGCUUGCUUCGACACCAUCAGAGAGAAGAAGGUGCUGACGAAGGAUCUGGGAGGAAGCUCCAAGUGUUCCGAGUUCACCGCAGAGAUCUGCCGCCGGGUCCAGGAUCUGGACUGAGGGGGCGGGGCUGAGGGGGCGGAGCUUCCUGCAACAUUCACAGAAACAAGCGACUGUUCUGGGCGAUGGUUCUGGGUCCGUGACAUUCACAGUAAACAUGACGCACAAAUGAAACCUGACAUAUCCGCAGUUUUAGCCAAAUAGCGGCUCAUCCGUGACAUCAGCUCGUCACUGUGGCAUGAUUUUAACGUUAGCGCUCCGCUAUCACAGCUCUAGUGUCUUAUUUAUUGUUUCUACUUCCUGUUCUGAUCAUUUCCUGCCUACAGAACCACUAAUAAACGGUUCAUGGAGAAAAA